AUGCCCGUCUCCCAUUUGACCCUGACCGUCUCACAUCUCCCCACUUCCACCUCGUUCUUCCUCUCCUGCCUCCAGCCCCUGGGGUACCAGUUUAUCGGCCGACAUGAUGACUAUAUUGGCUUUGGACAGAAGCAGGGAGAGCCUGCGGAUUUCUGGAUUACGGAGCAGAAGCCUGGAGUUCUCCCCAGCGCAGCACAUGUAGCAUUCCCAGCGCCAUCCAAAGAUGCUGUCACCGCAUUCUUCCACCAAGCUAUCCAAGCCGGCGGCAAGUUCCAUGGCGAGCCACGAACCCGCGACUCACAAUCCGGUUACCACAGCGCUGCCGUGAUAGACUUUGACGGAAACAGCAUCGAAGCAGUCUACCGACCUGGCAGCACUGUCGUCGCAUCAGAAGUCGGCGGCCCGACAAUAGCCCUGCUGGAAAAUCGCUCUGUGGUGUCCAAGGCUGUUAGCGUCGCAGCGAGAUCAGAAACCAAGUCUCGUGCAAUAUCAAAAGCGCCAACGACCAUUGAGAAAGCUGCUCCCGCUCCAUCUGUUGUCUCGCAAAAGUCAACAGGAUCGGCUCUCGCUUAUGGUCCACCACCAGUCCAAAAGGUCGAUGAUGGCAGCAAAGCUGCCAAAACUAUUAUUGGUACACUCAUCGGCGCCGCUGCUGGUGCUGCCGUAGCAUAUGCUAUGGUGAAAGGUGACUCGCAGUCGACAACUUCCGAAUCCAAAGAGGCACCUUCACCCCAAUAUCAGCAGCAACAAUACCAACAACAAUACGCACCCGACCUUCCACAGUUGAUGGCCGCGCCCUCACAAAUCUCAGAAGCGAUAUCGCAAGGACAACAAGUUCUCCGCGCCAUCGAAGCCCCUCCUGCGCGCAGCGUCUAUACUUCUGCCUCUGCUGCCCGCUCCACGAUGUCCCGGGGUAUCAUGUCCAAGAAUCCCUGGGCUAGCACCGUCUACGAAGCUACGGAGUACUACCAAGACGACCAUGGCCGGCGCGCCUCUGACGGUGGCAGCGUCUUCUCUAUUCCAGAGGGCAUGCCACUCCGCGCAAUCGAGUACCCACCCGCCAGCAGCGCCGCGCAGCAACGCUACCCAUGCAACCCCAGCACCUUCAUCAGCAGCUAUGCAGCCGACAAGCCGCGCGCCGGCAGCGUCCACUCCGCCUCAACCAUCAAGGCAUCGGCCACCCAGCGUCGCCACAGUACAGACGACGGCUACUCAGAGCACAGCCGGCUCGUGUACCGCGCCGCAUCCUCGCACAGCGUGCACACCGUGAAAUCCCACUCCCACUCCAAGCACGACGCCGACGCACGCAGCACAGCCUCCUCAACCCGCUCAGCACGAAACAUCCCCCUCCCUGCUGGUACAUCCGGCUCAAUCUACAGCGCGAUGCCCAGCCAAACAGGAAAAUCAACCACAUCCGCCCGCAACAUCCCCCUCCCCGCCGGCUCCUCUGCAAACUCCUUCUACAGCCCGGCGCCCAGCCAAGCGCCGAAAUCGCACAUCUCGGCGCGCCAUGUGCUUCUCCCCGAGAGCGUGAUUGACGUCGAUGUGGAUUCGAAUGUUACGCCUGAUGACUCGAUUAGCCAGGUUGGGGGGAGUCGGUCCGGGCGGUCGAGUCAUUCGCAUCAUUCGAGACAUUCGAAGCAUUCGAAGCAUUCGAAGCAUUCGCGUUCGCAUUCGAAGGGGUCCAGACAUUCGCAUGCGCAUUCGCAUUCGUCGAAGUCGAGGUUUGAGGAGCCGGUUAGACCGGCUGAUAGUGUGAGUCAGGUUUCGAGGUCGUCGCAGCGGACUGUUAAGGCUAUUGGGUCUAGUCGGAGAGGGAGUGAGGUUGUUGUUUGA